AUGCCUCGCCAACGUCGUCAAGGAAUUAUUUAUGAUAUUCGUGAAAGAGGAACUGCUAGAUUGGUUUUUGAUGAAAAACGGACCAGAUUUGAGGUUUGUCUGUUUUUUAUAAUUAACUCCAAAAAUUUCACAAAUUAUCAAUUUAAGGGUGUCUUGGAGACAGUUUCUGGUGAAACAAUGUUUUUGAAAGGAAAAAUUCCGGAUGAUAUUGCGACAACUUCUGAUGGAAAUAUUACAACAAUGAAUGUGGAUGUUGUCGAUGGAGAAGAAGGUUCAGUAUUUCAUGUGACUGGAGUUGAAGUUCGAGUUGACAAUCAGACAGCGAGUAUUGAAUCGGCGGCUGUGAAAUUUGAUUCGGAAGAUCGCAUUAUUGGGAUGAAGUAAGAUACCUUUACGGAAAUUUUUAAAUCCCUUCUCGAAAAGUCUGAUUCGAAAACCUCAUGUGUUUCUUUCUCCAAAUUUUUUCAUCACCAUUAUUUUAGAGCCGCUGUUGAAAUUCGUCAACAUUUGACACCAGAUCAAGCUGAAGAUUACAAUGAAUUAUUUAUCGGAAAUAUGCAAAUUCAUCUUCUAACCUCACAUCGACCACCAACAACAACUAGAAGAGAAUCAAUUUGUGGUGAAAAUAAUGAUAUCAAAAUUUUGGAAACAUCCGAUGAUUUUUUGGCAUAG